AUGACUGCAAACACCAAAAAUCCUCUAAUCGAGCCACAUAUCGUACCACAAUAUAGAGGUCCUUAUAAAGACGUAAUCAAGUUACUUCUUAGCCCUUCCUCAAAUAUUACUUAUCUUGAACGCCUAGCUACUGACUUUCUUUCUUCACAACGUAAUGCAAGCCAAGAUUAUGAUUUCACUUCAGGGUUUACGUUAUUUUAUAUGUUUUACUAUACUAGUUUUAUGAAAAUCGGGUCAAAGGACGUUGAAAAGAAAGAAAAGGUAGAAUGGGUUAGGACAUUGAUUCAGGUGUUUCUUAAGCAAGAAUUUCUUGGAGUCAUUUGUCUGGGUGAUCUUAUUGCUGAAGUCGAGGAUGCCCUUUUGGCUAGCAUUGAUGCACAAGUUGAUUUUAUCAAAGGGGAUCAGUCAUUAGAUCUUGUUGAAACAAUUGGUCAACAUAAAGAAGCACCGUUCUAUUGCAGCCUGUUACUCGAGAGUUAUCCAACACUCAUUCAUGAGUCUCAACUACGAGUUGCCUAUACUACCGUUAUCAAGUCUUUGUCAAAUACAGAUGAUGCAUUAACUUUUUCAUGUUUAGAAAAACUAAUAAAAAGGAUCGAGGAUACACCUGCUUCACAUCUUCAUAGAGAACAUUUACUUUUAACAUUGAUUGACCAAGUUCAGUCUGUUAAUCUUGUUUUGUUGGAAACUUUGUUGACAAAAAUUAAGUAUUUUAUACAGACAGAGCAAGAUAGGAUUAGAAAACGAGCAAUGAAGAAAGCUUUAUUUGACGCAUUAAGUACAGGGUUGGAUUAUACAAAAAAAGAUACUGGCGUUAAAUGGUGGUUAUCUGAAGAAUCUAAAAUUUGA